AUGGAGGAUACACAAGAAUUAAGCAAUAUCAUACGUGUAACACCUCAGAGGAUUAGUCAAAUGAGCAGAGAAGAGAGGUUGAUGGAAGCAAUAAAUGAAAUUCAAAACGAUACAGGUUUUACUCAAAAGGAGCUCUCUCAAAAGUAUGGAGUUUCUGAAAGUGAGAUAUCCAAGAAAAAAAAUAACCUCUCCUUUAAGCCAAGAGGCAGAUAUCUCACCGAAGCAGAAGAAUUAGAGAUGAUAAAGAUGGUAGAUGAAUCAAAUACCAAGAAUAUUCCGAUAACGAAAGAGAAUAUUCUAAAUUGGGUGGUCGGAAAGUUAAGAAAGGUUAAGUUUCAAGAUGAAGCCAGAUUAAAAGCGGAGAAAGAGGCCGAAUUUCAAGGUUUCAUCCAGAGUGUUCAUAAAGUGAUAGUAGAAAACCAAAUUCAACCAAAGAAUGUGAUAACCUCUGAUGAGAAAGGUGUUUUAUUCACGAAAAUGAAUCAAAAGGUUGCCAUUAUUGACCGUGGAAACAAAUUUGAGACAGUCAAACCUAGGUUUCCCAAUUAUUUCAUGAAUUUAAAAAAUAAAAUUGGUAAAAAACUCUACAAAAAUUUGUCAUUUAUAACAUCUAUAAUUAAGAUAUUUAUUCAAACAAAUUUGAAUCUUGGUCAAGUGGAAAACAAUUAA